UAAUGGGAAAACAAGAUCUGAAUCCACUAAUCAAACAAUAAAAGCCACUACAGAUGCAUCAUCGCUCCGAUCCUUUUAUUUCCCCCCGGUAACCUAACGAGAAUAACGUAACAAUGAAGGAGGCAUCCAAAUGAUUCGAUUACCAAUAAAACAAUAAUCAAUACACCAUCCUUCAUUAGAUAAACACAUCAAACGCAAUACAUUAUCGGAGAGAACAAGAAGCCGGCGCGAGCAAAGAACAAUAACAACGCAUUAGAUCUAACGUCGUUACAAAAUGAAUACGGCAAAGACAAUUCCUUUGUCAGCUGUAUAGAUCGAAGAAAGGGAAAAUGAAUCGUAGAUUACAUAUGACCUGAAUCCAGAUCUAGCUAGCUAUGCGAAGAGUCGAUAGAGGGGGGAAAAGAGAGAUGCGACUUACUGAGAAACCAGAGGGUGGAGGAGGAUCUGGCGAAGGAUGAACCGGCCCUUGCCCUAGAUUGGAUCUCGGAGAAAGGGAAGGAGGAAUGGGGGGAAAAGGGAUGGGUUGGGAGAGGGACGAUGCGACGGCAAUGGGGGAUAAAGAGAGGAGGCGGAAGCGCUGCUCACAACAAUUUAAAUAGGUGCCAGGCCAGGUAGGGGUGGCUAUACGGUCCGGUCCGGUUAAAUUGGUCCAAAUUGAUCCUGUCCAGUUCGGUUUUUUAAAAUAUAAGGAUCAAAAAUUGGAUUGGAUACAGUAAGGUCUUGAUCCGGUCCGGUCCAAUUCGGUCUUGAUUUUAUAUUGAGCUUGUAGGGAUUUGAGUGGCCUAAGGCCUGAAAUGAGAGAAGUUGGUUAAGUUUUGUACUAAAUGCAAAGUUUUGGAACCGUUUAUGCAAAUUACCCUUAAGUUUUGGGUGUUGAGCUCUCUUAUCCGGUCUUUAUCCAGUUUUCGAUCCGGUCCCGAAGGGUUUUUUACCUCAAAUCUAAACCCAAAGAUUGGAUUGGAUUGUUUACUAUCCGGUCUCGGUCCGGGUUAUACGGUCCGAUUUCGGGUAAAACCAAAAAACUCGGACCAAAUAGCCAGCCCUAAGGCCAGAUGCCGACUGAAGCGAAUCUGAUAUCGAAUUAGUUAACGUCCGUUUCCCACUGACGGAAUCUUCGUUCCUUCUAUAUUUUCUGAAAUCUCGUUCCUUCUAUAUUUUCAAGUUUUUACUUUUUAGUUUCUAGGAUGAAAUACUAAACCAGCAAUCCGACCAUGAAAAUAGUAAGUUUUACGUUUAGGUGACAAAUGAAUUGAACACGCAAUGACUGAAAUGCGAGAACUAGAGGGAGAGGACAUUGGAGUGGGAAUGGGAGUUCGGUUCAGUUUAUUUCGAACCAAACUAACAAUGGCAGUGAAGGUAUGGCUGAAUUAGGGGUCCCGGGGACGAAUGGUUCAGGUGGUCUGGCACUGUUUUGGGAUUCAGAAGUGGAGCUUACACUCAAAACUAUGUCAAAAACCAUAUUGAUACUACCAUUCUCUAGAAAGAGAUGAAUUUGGAGUGGCCAUUUACUGGUUUCUAUGGGUGGCCGUAUAGUCAAGAGAAAUAUAAGUUGUGGGGCUCCUAUGUCUUCUCCAUUCCAGCUGUCACUACCUUGGCUAGUAGUAAGAGACUUCAAUCAAAUUAUCAGCUUCGACGAGAAAAGAGGUGGCAACAUUGACGGUGAAGUUGCCAUCCAAGAUUUCGCAAAUGUCCUGGCAGAAGUGGGCCUUGAAGACCUGGGCUAUGUUGGAUAUCCCUAUACUUGGGACAAUGAAACAGAUGGAUCAAGGACGAUUGAAGAGCACUUGGACCAGGCUGUAAGUAAUUAUGAUAGGGCUCAAGCUUUCCCAAAUACGUUAGUCCGUUAGGGAGACCGAAUUCGGAUCAUCAAGCCCUCUGCAUUGACACGGAAGGGGGCGAAUGAGAAGAAAUAAGAUGGGGGUCUCGUUUCCGAUACGAAGCAUUCUGGGAAAAGAAGAAAAUAGCAAGCAGGUGGUGGCGGAAGCUUGGUCUUCGGGAGGAAGUAAUGACUCAAUUGGGAAGCUUAAAAAGUGCAAAAUGAAAUUGCAGGGCUGGAGCAAAGAGAGAUUUGGUAAAUUAAAGGAGAGACUAAAAGAAAUUGACAGCAAGCUUAAGAGCUUGGAAGGCGAGCAAAGACCAAAUGAUUGGGUUCAAAGAUGACGAGAUUUGGAAAAAGAGAAGGGGGAAAAUCCUCUUCAUUGAAGAACAAAAAUGGCGCCAAAGACCAAGGAUUGACUGGCUUGGGGGUGGCGACAAGAAUACAAUACUCUUUCAUUGUAGAGCAUCUGAAUGAAGACGGAAGAACACCAUAAAAAAGCUCCAAAAUGAAUAUGGUCAGAUCUUGAUGGGGCAACAGGAGGUGAGUAGCUAUAUUCAUGGUUCUAAAAAGCGCGCAUAGACACUCGUCUAAGCUCACCUAGAUGCAAGUCAGAGAGAAAACGCGUCGCUUUGACAAAAAGUAGUAGGUGUCACAAUCACGCUGUGGCUUCAAUCGCGCCUAGUCACCAUGGAGGUGCGCCUCAAAAUGAUGUCACGAUGUCUUUUUCUAACUUUUGAUAUGCUACCAGGGAGGACGGUUGAUGCUCUAAAACACAACACCUAACAAUGGCCAAGUGUAACCAAUGGAAGGGACUGCAGUAUAGUGGCUCAAGUGAUAAAUAUCGAAUCCACGGGUCUCUAGAGUUACUAUUACUCAGCUUCAGUUUAUUAUUUAGCAAACCAGAUUAAGAUGAAAGAACUAAAACUACUCUAGCAAACUACAGUUAAAGUUAAUCUAAUUACAGGUUGGGAACUCACUUAGGUAUGAUUCCCCCUAGCCACUAGCCAGACUAACGAUUGAUGAUUUCUAACUUGUUUCACUUUCAUUCACAAUGCGGAGAAUCCUUGACUAGACCUUCAGUCUCGACUAAAGGAACAAGGCCCUCUUGAGUCAAUUGCCUAGAGGGACGUAUCCUUCUCUAGAACAACUGAUCAAGGCGUUCUGAACAAGACUCUCUCUAUCGAAAGAGGUUCUCAAUCGAUACAAAGCAGUGAAUCAACCCUCGACUAAAGCAAUCGAUCCACUACUAUCAAUCUAUGGUGCUCUAUUGACCUAAUCAGGUAUUCCCUCUCAUAGAAUCAAAGCAGAAUCAAUAA